AUGCACCAAGCUGCCGGUGGACAGAAUGGCGGUAAAGGCUACCGAGGCCAUGAUGGCCAAGCCGCCGAUGUUGUGGAUGCCGCCUCCUCGCACCCGCCACCUAUAACGAACGUCUGCCGCACGUUGGAGCACAUUCGGGCGGUGCUGCAGCAGCACCAGCAAUGGGUGUCCUCUACCACUGUGGGGGAGGCUGGCAGAGCCGCUGCCGAUGACGGCACCUCGGCACACCUUGCAACACCAAUGCCGCACGCAUCGAACUCGUACACCGAUGCGGAAUGCUCGACCCCGCAGGACGCGGCGAAGCAGCAGCGCGAGAGGUGCCGCCUUCUGUUCCUCACAGAGUGGGCACACCGAGUGGCAGAGGCGUACACACCGAUCACACCAGCUGCGGCGCAAGCGGGAACCGAACAUUUGACGGCGUGCCCCGUUCCGCGCUGCGCGCUCGCUGGGGAUGAAGUCGAAAGCGCAGCCAGCCCCUCGAAAACUCUCUCUACACAAGCACAACGGCGACCGGCUGAACCGAGCGUGGCCGCUGCGGUGUCAAACGCGGCACCGAGUGGUGAAGCCGCCGCGUCCAUCUCAGGGAACAAAGCUGACCUGCCGCCGGUGCGCGAGGCGAGCGUUCCGGUGGAACGGCGACUGAACUACUCGGAUGGACACAGAAGUGCGCAUGCAGUCAUGACAGCGUCUUCCCCGGCUAUAGUGGAGUCGUCCCAAGCUCUGCUCACUGCCCCAGGGUUAGCGGCUACUACCCAUACCGGUUGGCGACUGCACCCGCACACAACCACAGCAGCUGCUGCCACAGCGUUGUCCUUGUCCUCUCCCCCGCCGCCGAUCAUCCCGCGUGAUCGCGCACCGCUGUGCCGACUGGUGGGUGUGGCCUUCGACGUACCCACCACACGCGCAGCCCAGUGCGCCGUACUCGCUGCGCAGGGUAGUUGCUGCGCUCGGUGCGGCGUCGCCUUACCGCCGCCACCGUUCUACUUCUCUGAGUGGUGCUCUGCACUCACUCGAAGUCUGUGUGCAAAACUGACCUGCUCGUGCUGUCACUUCCACUGCUGCUGCUGUGGAAGUGGUCAGGCGAUCACAUCGUUGCCGUGUUGUCGCAGACUGUGGCAUGUGUGCCUGUGCAUGGCAAGAUGCCGCUCCUCUGACGAGGAGGAGAAUGAGAGAUUGACUGCAGUCACCGCAGCCCACGUGACCCAAGAAGCCAUCAGCAGCAUUGGUAGCGGCCGUGGUGGCGUACGGCACAACGCAAGGGCCCCGUUGGACGCACCAGAGAAUGAAGAUCUUAGCAGCAACGAUGAUGUGGCUGGCGACGACGACAACAACAACAACGGGAGCAUUAGCAGUGCAAGCGAGCGGGACAGCCUGCUAGGCGACAGUACGCAGUCUAGCAGGCACAAUCGCACGCGGGCCGCUCGGCGAGUGGCCACACGACAGCCAGCCUCUGAGCUCGCCGCUUAUGACUACCACCGCAGAGACGAGACCGGCGAUGGCGGCGGCGGCAGCUCUGCUGAUGCGGCAUUCCUCUUCUGCGCGUAUGAGGGCCACUACUUGUGCUGGCGCUGCUUCCACAGCCCGCUCACUGGGGCUGACCCCGGCGCAGUGAUGUCGGCAGCGGCAGGAAGCGCCAUGGGGGGUACACUCGUCUCAGAAGGCUACCAAACACGCUACGUAACACCGGAGGAAUGGCAGGCGCGUGACGCUGAUGAGUCGCCCGUGCGUACGGCUCUUGGGAGGGCGUCGGACCAGUUGUGUGAGUGGUGGGCGGCACGCCACGUGGCCCAGUCCACGCCCGUCGCCAGUGGGCGAGCCGACCCACCCCAGCAGCGCAUCGCGGCGCCACUGCCGCUGUGUGUCCUUCCGGCCCACGUCUUACAUCGAUGGGACUUCACACGCUUUCCGGUAUCGGCCGCGGCAGCCGCCGUUCUGCAGAGGCGGUUCUCCCUCGGCAACGGCAACGGCCAGGAGAACUGCCUCGCCCCGAGUGUGCCCACUCUAGAACGUGGUGGGCAGCGCGCCACCGCGGGUGGUGGUAGUGGCUAUGUUAGCAGAAUGAACAGUGAGGGCUUGCCGAUCUUGCUCAGUCAAGAAGAACAAGGAGCGCGGGGGUAUCAGAGCGCUCCAGGGAUCCCUCCUCUGCGGGGCUUGGAGGGCAUCCCUAGCCGCAACAGGAAUACUGAUGGGACAACUCCGCCAAUGACACCGCUUCCUCAGCUCUACGACGUGUCCGCCAUCAACCCCUCCCUGUACGUGCGUGUUCCGGCUCUCUCCGCGGCAUCGCGGCUGCGGCAACAAAUGAGUCUCCUGCACGCACAGGCUUGGUGGUGCCCGCGGUACAGGCAUGAGGUCUGGGGGCUGCGGUGUGGGGACGAGCUGGCCGGUCAGGCGCUGGAAGAGGUGGCGCCAUUUCCUCUGUCACGGCAAUUAUCGGAGCCUUCGCCCGCAGUCGCAAACGUCGCGGGUCGCUCUUCACGCCCAGCAGAAGUGGUCGAGAGCGCGGUGGACAACGUUAAGGCCUAUCUGCUUACCCAAGAUAUAGCUCCUCCCCCCUUCGCCUCGGCGGCGGCGGCAUCGCGCUCCCACAGCGUAGCAACUCCGCAGGCACCGUCUCUCUCUGCUCCGUACAGCCAAGCCCUGAGCAGCCUCUCUGAUAGAACAACUGGAAUCCCCCCGCCUCACCAACACCCGCCCGCAGCGGGCGUCGCGGCAGUGCCGCUGUCGCUGCCGCCACGUGCGCGCUGCCACGCGCGCCGUCGCUACCUCGUGGAGCGGGCUGAGGGGUGGUCUCUCCAAGACCUUCAUCGGCUGAAAACAACAUCGUCAUUGCCGCCCUCCACUGGUGCUACCGCUACCCCGUCGCCGCCACAACUACUUGUGGAGCUGCAAAGCAUGUUUGCCAUCAUGCAAACGCACGUCAGGGGAUGCAGCGCCUGUGCAUCGCAGUGCCGCGGGCUGGUGGUGAGAACACCUCCAGGGCCGACGGUGUGCCGUGAUUGA